AUGCCAGAACCUGUACAUCAUCAAAUAAAUGCUGCUCGUAAAACAUUCCAAACACUUUAUCAAAUUUCAAAGCUAUUAAAUACAAAUUUGGAUCCAACAACAUUAAGUAUAUGCAUUCGAUUAUGUGAGAAUGGUGUAAAUCCAUAUGCACUUGCAAAUGUAGUAAAAGAAUUACAAAGAGAAGUGAGAGCUAUGGAUAGCAUUAAUCAACUAGAUUCUUCUACUAGUAAAUCUAGUUUAAAUAAAUAAUUAAUCAUUAUAAGAAUUUUACAUAAUUUAAUGAAUGAAAUGAAAUCUAAUCUAAUCUAUCACUUUUUAUAUAUAUGCUAAUAUGUGAUUAACAAUAAAAUAUUUAAUUGUUUUUAAUAUUAUUUAUGAGAUUAUCAAUUGUUGCUAUCUCCGUUAUUUUUAAUGUUAAUAAUGAACCACUAUUAAUUUUUUUUUCUUAUUUAAAAUAUAUUUUUAAAAUUUGUAAUUGUUCUAAUAAAAUCAAUAAAAAUAUAAUUAACAAAUAA